AUGCAUGAUGAUGCAUGCAAUGCAGCCGUGUCUACACAUGCAUGGAUAUCAUUCAUGGAGGGUCAAAUUCUCUUUUUGUCAAAGUUGCUUACAAGUCAUGGUGCAUUGUCCCCAUCUCUGGAUGCUACAUCCAUGUCAUGUAAAAAGAGAAGGCACUCUGCAAUUAACAUGACCAUCACAAACUCUUGUCCUCUGAUAAUCUUUCUGUGCUUCACAAUGCCCCGUUUUCUAUUUUGUGAUGAGGAACUGCAUUCAGGUCAAUCGACCCAGAUUUUGCAUUCUUUCCAUGAAGACAGAAACGGGUCCAGAACAGUGUCAGUGAAAGCAGAACAUGCUGCCUCUACAAAAAAUUUGUUGCAUGGUUCUUGCACAAGCAAAGACAUAAGCAUCUCACAAAGCACAAGUUCUACAUCAGGAAUACCACAGUUCAUUGUGCAGAUUGUUAACACGUGUGUUUCUGGAUGUCCUCCCCGUGACAUUCACCUCCACUGUGGUUGGUUUGCUUCUGCUAGACUAGUGAACCCCAGAUUGUUUAAAAGGAUCUCCUACGAUGAUUGCUUGGUCAAUGGAGGGAACCCUUUAAUCCCUAGCCAGAUAAUCAGAAUUGCAUAUUCCAAUUCUUUCAUGUACCCUCUUGCUUUCAAGUCUGCAAAAUUUUGCUGAUGAAUCCAAAUAUAAGGUAGAAUAAGUAGAAGACUUCUUUGAAAUGAUAACCAACCAACCCAUGAGUU